CAUCUCCCCCACCUGUCGCUAUCUUAUCACCAAAUUCAUCGUUGAAUUCUUUGGUGUGUAAUAACAAUUUAGCCGGCAGCAGUAACAAUUUCAACAAUGUUACCGAACCUUUUAAUUUGCAUGCUUCACCGCCUCGACCCAGCAGCACAGGAGGUUCAGCCACCGGUAGCAGUAGUGGGGGGGCUUGCAACAACAUCUUCCGUUACUUCGUUACCACAAAUGCCGUUGCGUAUGCCACCUCCAACCAGCGGUGGAAUUAACGAACCUCAAGAAUGCCCCUAUUGCCGGCGUACCUUUUCCUGUUAUUAUUCAUUGAAGCGGCACUUUCAGGACAAACACGAACAAUCUGAUACGCUCUACGUUUGUGAAUUUUGCCAUCGACGCUAUCGCACCAAAAACUCGUUAACUACGCACAAAAGUUUACAGCAUCGCGGCUCCAGCGGUAUGCUGAAACGUUUACUAAAAACGUCUAUGAAAAACGUAUUGGUGCCUCAUCCACAUGCCCAUCAUCAUUCGCAUCAUCAUCAUCAUCACCAUGCGUUAACUCACGCACGCAAUACACUAUUCGACUUUAAUAGCGAAUUAGGUCAACCGCCACCAGGUAUACAAUAGAAAUCACUCCGGAAAACCCAUAGAAAACAAGCA